AUGAGAGGGAAAAUCUCCCUGUCGCAUCCCAUUGAAAUCUCCAUUUUAGGCACUGCUGCUCCACUGCUGCUCAGGUCCUUCCAUCGUCCCACUGCAGCGAGCAGAGCCAACACUGGGCAGCCCUCUAAAAUGUUUAUUUGGACCAGUGGCCGGGGAUCUACAUCUUACAGACAUGAUGAGAAAAGAAAUAUUUACCAAAAAAUCAGGGAUCACGACCUACUGGACAAAAGGAAAACAGUGACAGCCCUGAAAGCUGGAGAGGACCGUGCCAUCCUGCUGGGGCUGGCCAUGAUGGUGUGCUCCAUCAUGAUGUACUUCCUGCUGGGAAUCACCCUGCUGCGCUCCUACAUGCAAAGUGUCUGGACAGAAGAGACUCAGUGCUCACUGCUCAAUGCAUCCAUCACAGAAACCUUUAACUGCUCAUUUAACUGCGGCCCAGAGUGCUGGAAAAUCUCUCAGUACCCCUGCCUGCAGGUGUAUGUUAAUCUCACCUCUUCUGGCCAGAAGCUUCUACUCUACCACACCGAGGAAACAAUGAAAAUUAAUUCUGAGUGUUCCUACAUCCCCAAGUGUGGGAAGAACUACGAGGAGUCCAUGUCGCUGGUGAACGUGGUGAUGGAAAACUUCAGGAAGUACCAACGUUUCUCCUGCUUCUACGACCCCGAGGGCGUGCAGAAGAACGUGAUCCUCACCAAACUGUACAGCUCCAACGUGCUCUUCCACUCCCUGGUCUGGCCCACCUGCAUGAUGAUCGGGGGGGUGGCCAUCGUGGCCAUGGUAAAGCUGACUCAGUACCUCUCCCUGCUCUGCGAGAGAAUCCAGAGGAUCAGCAGAUAGGAAAGGAGACUUCUCCGAAAUUUAAUACUGUUUUUUCUCAUUCUUCACCAAAGAACCUUAAGUUUGUAAUGUGCAAGUCUGGUAUAAGUUCCUUACUAUAUUCUUCUAAGUAGAGCAAUAAUGCAAAAGCUGUUCUAUAUGCAAACAUGAUGUUAUUAUUAUGCAGACGAAUGAAAGCGUUCCUGUUUUGUGUUGACCGUCUCUAUGAUCUUGUUUUAUGCUGGGAUUAGUUCUUUCUUUUCUACAGCCAAGAUAGGGCUCAGUGUGACCAUUGGCCAAGCUUUAGUCAGUUGAUGUUUUUGGUGUAAAAGAUUUUGGGGAAAUUCACUGCUGGACAAAGGGCAGCCGACCAUUUGUGCAUCAUUGAGGUCUCACACCUGGCUCAGCCCACUGGAUGGAUUUGUGGCUUUGGCUUUUUUAACACUGGCUGCAGAGUGGGGAGGGAAAAGGCAUUGAUAAGGGUUUUUUUAAUGGUAAGAUGGCACAAAAAGGAUGUAUUUUGAGGUCAGGUUGGGAUCAGCAUACAGUAUUUUCAGCCUCAGUAGGAAUUGGUGAUGCUUUGUGUUUGCUCCCUCAGUUCAGAAGUCAAUUGUACCCUAUGGUGUUUGUAAGGUCUUUUGGAAAACACUUUGGAGUUUUAUUUUGUGUAGUGCUAUAAUUUUCUUCUGUCUUAUCAACAUAAGUUUUGUCACUUGCAGAAGCUGUAGCCAAAAAAGCAAAAAAAACACCUUGUUCCAUUUUGUAUUCUAGUCUGAGCCCUAUUGAUGGAGGUGGGACCAGAACUCCUUCUGUAAAGGUUUAUUAUUCAUUUGUCUUGUAUUUGCUACCAUAUCACUGUAAAGAAAAAAAUAACACUAUCAGCUAUUUUUUCAUUUUUUACUUCCAACUAUUUUAGAUUUUUUUACUUGAUAUAUAUACAGAUAUAUAUAUAUAGAUAUAUAUAUAUAAAGAAAAAGCUAUAUUAUAUCUAGUUGUGUAUUGAAACUUGUUUAGGGGGGUUUUUUCCUUUGUUUUUACCCACUGGAAAAUGAACAGUACAAUUCAUGUAUUUGUAACCUUCAUCCUUGGAUAAUAUCAUAACACAGAGAAGCAGCACUGCAGGAUCUUAUCCAAUAUUCAUGAUGUUGUUUCAGUCAAAGGUCUCUGUUGCUGUGACAUGGGAAAUGACAAAAAUCUCAUCCAAUUCUAUGGCUCUAUUAACUGAAUUGUUAGAUAAUCAUCAUAACACAUUUGGAAAUCUCUCCUGACCCUUACUCACCAUGCAGUGCUGGCUGACAUGAAUUAUGAUUUACAAGACCCAGGUGCAAUGAUUUAUUGGAAAACUGAGAAUCUGGCUAAGUUGUUGUCCUAUCUGUCAAAUAUUUACCACAGUAUACUUGCCAGUUUAAUUUCAUACACACUGGAGUCACAAUUUCUGCAUAAUUUAUUUUUAUUCCCCAAUAGAAAACAUUCCUUCUUAUGUUUUAAAGACACCUCUUUCAGUUCCUCAUGUUGUACCCAGCCUGAAGGACAAACACAAGGCACAUCCUGGGAGUAAUCCUGUGAACUCAUUAUCCAAUAGCUCAAAGAAACUAUAUACAGGCCUACUCAAACCAAGAAAAUAACAUUUUUCCCUUCAAAAAGACUGCAAAUCAAGUAUUCUGCCUAGUUCAUCUAUAUAUAUAUAUAAGUACCUUUCCUCAUCAUAGCAUUAAAAAUUUCAAGAUGUUACAAAACAAGUCAUGCAAGUGUAAUGUGAGCUGUAAAAAAAAAAAAAAGUUCUCAGCAGUGAAAAUAAACCUGCAAUCUUGUAAUCAGUAGUAUAAUUUUCCUUAGGUAAUUAAAUUCCUGGAGGGUGGGGGGGAUAAUGAAGGUUCCAAAAAUAUGUAAUAAAAAUAUUCAAUUAAAUCUUCCAGAUUUCAGUA